AUGGCGUCAUCAACUGUAGAUGAGAGCACAAAAUCACUCAUGCAACUAUCAAAAGAAGAAGUAGCAGACUUGAUGAAACAAUUCAUGGACGAAAGAAAUUCUGAACCCAUGUUGUUUGAUGUUUCUCAAACACAUUUAUGGGAUCCUAGAAGACAUCCAAGUGAAAUUAUCGAUGAAUCUCAAAAAUCUGAUACACAGUCUCAAGAGAGAUAUACCGAAUCCGAAGAUCUUGAAAGACUAACUAGUCUAUCCUGGUGCUCUUGUGGAAACUGUGCGCUUAUGCCCACAAUUGUGGAGAGUAUUUGUUGUGGCGAAAAUCCAAAAGUUACUUUCCAUAUUCCAGACGAUGGAUUCUGUAUUUGUGAAGCUGAUUAUCACCGCGAAAUAAUAAAUAGAGAACAUCUCAUAAGAAUGGCAAAAUUUAACAACAGUUAUGGGCCUAUGCGUUUCGCAGGCGGUACGGUCCUGACGGAAAGAGCUUUUAGAAAACUCGCAUACAGAGCAUACACCACUUGGAUUCACGAUUUUCUCGGACCAAAAGAAAGACGCCCGAUUCCGUCUUGUGUUGUCAAAAGUAUACGUAAUUCAUUUCCCGCACCAGAUGACAUUUACAUUGGAUUCCACUAUGCUGAGGACGAUGGUCCAGCUAUGGAUAUGAUAUUGGAAUAA